UUUUAGGCGCCAUUUAGGUCCGGACCGACACUGAUUUCACAAUCCCUAUUUACCUUGUUAACCCAAGAAAACUCUCAGCAAUUCAUCAUCGCAAUCUAUCCAUCCGACACAAAAGCUUCAAAUGGCACUUGCCUUAUCCGAUAUCCCGGAGGAUCUCCAGCUCCGCAUCUUAUCCUUCCUCUCACCAACCGAGAUCUGCAGCUUCGCCUGCACAUCCAAACGCUUCGCCUCGCUAUGCCGCGACGACCGCAAAAUCUGGCGCGUCGUGUGCGAUCGAAGGUGGGGGAAGAAGACACAUAUCCACAAAUGGGGAAACGGCCGAAUCGCAUACAAGCUCCUUUUCAGGACUCUGAAGCGGUUAGAGAAUCUGAUCGGAUUCUGGCGGUUAUGCGGUCGAGCGAACCCCGCCGAUUCAUCUCCGCCGCUUGUUUUCUUCGAGUGGGGCUCCUCUUUCGUCUUGGGAUCUAGGGUUCUCGCAAUCAACGACGACACGUAUCGCGUCCGAAAGACGCCGUUUCUCGUGCUGGGUAUCUCGUCGGAAGGGAGAACGGAGAACUUUCUUGAUCUCGAUGGGAAUCACAGAUCUGGUGUCCCUGUGGAUCUAAGCGAAUUAGAGAGAAGUAGUCUCGUUCCCGUGGAUGUGAAUUUCAUGGGGAACGGUCAUAUCAUGGUUGAGGAGAAUCCACAGAAGAGUCCUGUUUGUAAAGGAUCUAGCUCCGACGAGGAUGUUGUUUCGGAGAUGUACACUCAAUUGGCUAAUAGGACGAGUCCUGGAGGGGAUAGAAGGAGAAAGAGGAAGAAGGAGAAGGAGAGACAAGGGAGGAUCAAGUGGGAACCUGAACAUUUUAUCAAGGUUUCUGAUUUCUCCCCUACCCUUGCUAGACCAUUACAAGGCUUAUGGAAGGGUUUCUGUGAGGGAAGGAGCAUGGAGUUGUAUUUGGUCAAAUACGAUGAAGUUGGAGGCGUUAUAUGCAAAAAAGUAGAGGACUUGUCUCUCUCGAGGCAAACUUCUCCUGUGUUCUGGACACCCGAUCAUGAUUUUAUCGCAUCUCCGUUUUCCGUCGAAGAAGAGGUGAUAUUGGAUAGUCGAAUCCAUAUCACGCCUCUCCACGGAGAAGUUCAUGAACAAGUUAUAUCUGGAAUGCUCUACAUGAACUCUAGCUACGAUCCGGGUGAAGGACGGGUCUGGUUGUAUGAAAAUGGGACUUUUGGUUUCGGGUUUCUUCGAGAUCAGUUUAUUACUGAUCUCAAACGUGUUGCCCUUGAAGAUGGUUGUCUGGCUGAUGUGUUAGAUGCUUAGAAGUGAUUUGCUUUAUUGCUUCUGAGCUUGUGAAUUAUGCUGGUGAUGGAUGGAUAUGAUCAACUUCUCUGUACAUACAAGACUUAGGUGACUGUUACUUUCAAAUUUAGUCGUGGACCAAUUGGCCUAAACUUGGUUGGUGGAAUGGCCUUGUAUUUUAUUUGUAUGAUGUAGAUUGUAAGUUUGCCAGAAUAAAACCAGAAAUUUUUAUUCAUGAACUCUUGCAAUUGUGCUUACAUUUAAUUUAAUUUCUACUGCGCUUUCAAAGGGCGGACAAGAUUUCUUUUUUCA